AUGGACAUGGAUAGGAUCAGUUUGUUACCGAACUCUAUCCUUUGCGACAUUCUCUCGUAUCUUCCAACAAAACAAGCUGUAUCCACCAGCAUCAUCUCUCACAGGUGGCGCCAUGUUUGGAAGGAUCUUCAAGUCCUUGACAUACAGUAUAUACCCUUUUUGUCUCAUCGAGAAGACCGAUUUGACUCAUGUGUGAAUGCUAUUCUAUCUCUGCGCAAUGCAGAUUACCCCAUCCAAAAGUUUCGCCUCACUUCCUAUAAAAAUUCAGAGGAUAUCAUCUUAUCAUGGCUUGAUGAGGAUCUCAUCUUACCAGGGCUCGAUGCCGUCAUUGUUCCCCAUCUCCACGAACUCUAUCUCUGCAUUGAUUUAAGGAGGAAAAUCAAGUUGCCUGAAUCCAUAUUCACUUGUGUAUCACUCAAGUCCCUUGUUUUGAACCGUAAUAUUUAUUUGAAUUGUUAUCCAGAGUUUCCAAAUGUUUAUCUGCCAUCUCUCAAGAACCUAGAGUUGGAUUUCCUCUCUGUGAACCCCAGCAAGCUUUUAUCCGGCAGCCCUGUUCUUGAAAUUCUUAAGCUCACUCUACAUAACACGACCCGAGAAGGUUUUCAUGUUCAUGAACCUACAAUCCAGAUGCCUCGCACAUUGAAAAGUUUAACCUUUGAAGAUUGCACUAGCUUGAUGGAAAAGAUCGACGUUCGGGAAAUAUACACUCCAUUUCUUGAAUACCUGCAUAUGAGAACAGAGGCCUCGGGAAAUAUACACUCCCAUUUCUUGAAAUAUGAAACAACACAGUGCUUAUUUAGUGCUCCGGCCUUCGAGUUUCCAGAGUUUCUCCGUUUGCUUAAGCUAGAGGUUGAUCUUCCAUGUUUCAACACAAACUUCUUGCUAAACUUCCUUCAUAAUUGUCAUGUACUUGAAGCUCUCGGAUAUUAUUUUCACCCGGUGAAGUAUAAUGGGCCAACACCACCACCAACCACGGUUCCCAAUUGUGUGACAUCAUGUCUCAAGAGUUUUGAGUUUAGAAAAUAUCAAGACACUGCAGAUGAGCAUGAGUUUACUGCAUAUCUUUUACAAAAAGGACUUGUUUUGAAGACAGUGACAAUUCAUCUUAAAUAUAAUUUGGACCAAGAGACAAAGUGUAAUAUUGUGAGGGGAUUAUCUGCUAUACAGAAGGGCUCUACAAUAUGUCAGCUAACUUUCAUUAAUGAAAAUCCUAUUUAA